AUGGUUACUGAAGCACAAAGAAAGAAAAACAAGAAGAAGAAGGCUAGACAAAAGUUGAAGAAGGCUGGAAAUAAAUCUGUUCAGCAAAAUGGUGAAAAUAACGUUCCAGGAGCUGAAAUAUCUGAUUCAACAGAUGUAGAAACUACAACAGUUCUUACCACCAAUAAUUCAAUGAUUUCAAGUACUCCAGAAACUAGUACUAUUAUUACUGGUUCAAGUUCUACAACAACUGCUACUACAGAUGAUAUCGUCCAUGAAACUCAACAACAACCUCUUCCACAACAACACGCUGACUUUCCUUCGGCCGUCGAACAUGAAAAUAAUGUUAUAGAUCCUGAAGUUGAAAUCAAACUGUCUGAACAGAAUGAAGCCAUUGAUGGAUCAAACCAGGUACAUGAGGAAGAAGAAAAUCAACAGCCUAUCGAAGAAGUUGAAGCCCAUGAAUUAGGUCAAAUUGUGGAAGUAACAAUCCCUCAAGAUAUUAUAGAUGAACCUGAAUUUAUACCAAAACAAACUGUAAAUGAACCCGCUGUGUGGAAUCCUUCUAUUCAAAAUGAAGAACUUGAACAAAUCCAAGAACAAUCAGUACUAUCAAGUGAAACAUCUCAGCAUGAUAAUGAACAACCAGCAAAUAACGAGGUAGUAGCAACUGAAGACGUAGAAAUUCCUCAACAAAUUGAUUAUUCCACCACAGAACAAAUUAUGGAACUACCGAAGACAGAUGCUGAUACUCAAAUAUCCAAUUUGGAAAACGAAUUUCAUAUGGAACAUGAUACUUCUGUAAGUGAAAUCCAACAGGGUGCACAAGUUCCCGUAUCUGAUGUAUCUGAAAUGAACCUUCUCAAUAAUAGCGUAUUAGUUUCGAAGUUUCCAAACAAUGAUCUCAAUAGUGAUAGUGGACAUCAAUUAGAACUGGGAAACUCUAUUUCGCAAGAGUCUCAUAUAGAAGAAUAUAAGAACAUCGAGAACAUCGAGAACGAAGAAGAUUCAUUUUUAGGCGAACGUUCAUCAAUUAAUAAAGACUAUGACGAUACCGUCGUUCACUCUGAGAUGUCUUACAAUAACAAUAGUCAAAACGGUAUACAAUACGAAACUCAUGAAAACACCAAAGAUAUACCAAUGUAUUCAAAUAAUGAACAAGGUGAAUCAUUAUUUAAUCACGAUAAUGAUGUUGAGAUAGAGACUAUGCCUUGGGAACAAGAGACAAGAGAACCAGUAGUACUAGAAAAUCAGGAACAAUAUAAUAAUGACGUUGAACAUGCAAGUAAUGCAGACGAAAUUUAUGAACCAACCGAACAACCGGCAACAAUCCACAGCGAACUGUUUACUAAACAUGAAGAUACACACAUUCAGCCUAUUGUACAAGAUAAUAUAAAAAUAGAAAAUAAUGCGCAAACUACAAAUAACUCGAAUUCCCCAUUUACAGCUCAUACUGAACAAGAUGAUGAAUUAUUGCCAUGGGAAGUAGAAACUGAGACUAAUUUAGAUGCAGUACAUAAUGUUGUUGCUCCUGUGACAGAACUGCAACAAAGGACUUCUAUUCCUAAUUUGGACCAACCAGACACAGGAAACCAAGGCAUUAUCGAUGCAGGUAUAAUAAAAGAUGUACAACAAAUCAAUACUGAUCCGCAAAAUACAGGUGCCGUUGAAACCAAAGACAGUAUUGUAGACACUAGAAAAAAUAAUUUUUCGUUUAUGGAUGAUGAAGAAGAUCUAUUAGAGGAUGAUGACAGCUUUUUAGAUUCAGAUGAGGAACUUCGAACUGAUUUGGAACCAGUAAAUCCAAUACAAGAAAGUCAACCAUUGAAUCCAAAUACUGGAACUAACACCAAUCAAAGUCCGAUAGUAUCAAAAUAUGCCCCACAAGUCACAUCGAACAAUAUCCAAUCUAUAGAAACUCCAAUGGAAAGAUCGGGAAUCGUACAACCCCCUCCUAUGAUAUUUAAUAACACUAUACAAUCCCCUCAGAUUGACUCUCAACUGAUGUCAACACAGUUGCAACCCUCAAUUACAACUCAAAAGGCUGUCGAAACUCUUAACAAGGCAAAGCAAAAAUCUGACGCUUAUGAUUUCCCAAGCGACUUACUGGGCUCUAAUCCCAAACCAGUACAUGCAAAGGCUGUCGUUACACCAUCCAUGAGAUAUGGAUCGAUCCCAUCGAUGGAUAUAAACCGUAACUCUUCCAGGAAAAUGAGUGCCCCAUAUAGUCCAUUGCAAACUAGUGCCGCUCCACCUCCACCUCCAAUGAUCCAUACCAAAGGAAAUUCGCAAUCAUAUGUUCAAACAUCAACACCAACUACGGGCCAACCUCAAACGAGAAGCAGAGUAUCUAGUGGCGUUAACAUGCCUCAGUUCCAGCCUCCUCCGAUGGUUGAUGUCCCUCAACCAGGAAUGCCAUAUUCAAGACAAAGGGCAGCAAGUAAUCUAUCCAACGGAGGGGGGCUUGGUGUGCAUUCUACAGCUGCUACAUAUGUGUCACCACUGUCACCUCAAAGUGGAAAUAUGACGGGGACGACAACUACUCCUCUAAAAAAGAACAAAUAUGCACCUAUCGGAAAUGUACAACAACAAAUUCCAAGUCAACAACGUAGUUAUACUCAAGCUCCAAAUGGCUAUGUUCCAGGCCCAGUUUUAUUAAAUAACACACCUACAAUGAACAGUCAAGCCAACUAUCAUCUGAAUGGUAAUAACCAAACGAAUGGCACUCAGCAGCCAUUAUUACCACAAACAAUGACAAACCAGGGAACAAAUAUCUUAAAUGCAAGUACUGUAUACCAAGGAGUACAACAACCAAAUAAUACUUUGAACGGACAACAUCAAUAUUAUCCGCCAGCUAGACAGAAUAUUACAAUCAACCAGCAAAUGCUUAAGAACCACGAACCUCAAUUAAGGCACAGCAAUAAUUAUGCACCUCAGAUAACUCAAAAUGGAAAUGCAAGAGGCUUGGGUAUUAAUACACAACCUCAAAUCUCGGUCCAGCAACCAUAUUUACAAGCGGAAUCAACUCAAACAGACUUAAUUAACAACCAAAAUCUUUUAAGACGUCAAUUUCCAUUAUUUAGUUGGGGAAAAUCUAAUCGAGUCGUAUAUGGUAUACCUACUGCGAAUUCUAUGUACUCUGGGACAGGAUUUUCGUUAAAUACAAUUAAUGUUGUGAAUUAUGAUGCGUUAUUGAACACUUCUGAUAUGAUGAAAACAUAUAUUGGCCCAUUGUCAACUAAGACAAAAAAGUUGGAACUGGAGAAAUGGUUAAAUUCCAUAGUCAGUACUAUACCUCAAGACUCUACAGAUACUACAUCAUUAAUAUGGUAUAUUCUGAGGUGCUAUGUAAGUGGAAUUGAUGAUCUUGUAUCUAUCGCAAACAUGUUAUGCGACACAACAUCAAUGAAGUUGUAUCUAACACAACCAUUUUCUCAACCGAAACCUGUUGCAAAUGCUAGUCGUCUAGAACCUAACACGCAGAUUAGAGUCUUAGCCCUGCUUCAGAUUGGUAAUUAUGAAGAUGCUUUAAACAUUGCGUUAGAGGGCCAAGAUUUUACGAUGGCCUUGCUGGUAGGAAGUUUGGCGGGUAAGGAAAGAUGGUCAUCUGUUGUGGAUUCUUACCUCAGAAUGGGGAUUUCAAGUUAUUCUGAUCCUAAUAUUAACGUACUUUCUCUUCUUUUCCAAGUUUUCAUCGGUAAUUCUAAAAUUGCCAUUGCUAAUUUUUACAAUAACCAAGAACAUAUUAAUUGGGCUGUUCAAAAUUGGAGAUAUAUUGUUUCCGUUAUUUUAGCAAACACUAAAUCUGUUACCGGAAGUAUAACAUUAAAAUCAGGUCAAGUUCCACCAAUGAUUCUAGAAUUUUUGGUUGAGUUUGGUAUCUUCCUAUAUAAACAAGGUCUGAUCCUGGAAGCUAACCUAUUAUUUGUCAUUGCUCGUAUACCACUUUCAUUUGCAUCAGUAAUGGGCGAUUCUGAUGUGUAUUUCAAAUGCAUUGGUCAACCUACUACAACAGAAAGUUUGAUAUGGUCGGAAAUCUACGAAUAUAUCAAAACUUUAGAAGAACCAGCCCUAAAGGGGUUCCCAACACUUUUAGCCCAGAAAUUGACUUAUGGAUUUGCAUUAGAGGAACAAAACUUAUCGUCACAAGCUACUAAAUAUAAUGAGAUUGUUGCUUCAAAAAUCAAGUUAUUUCCAAGAAAAGACGCAUACGCAGCCAUUUUGAUGAACAGUUCAAACAUAUUGACUGCUAGGAUUAACAAUUCAAGUACUGGUUGGUUGGGCAAACCAAAGUUGAGUAGUGUUUGGGGUCAAUUAGACAAAUCUUUUAGCAAGUACAUUGGUGGUGAUGUCGAAAAAAAGCCAAACCAAACUCCCGAAAAGGACGUUUUUGGUACUUAUACACCUUAUACAUCCAAUCACUCCUCUGUUGUAGAUUUGGACCAAACAAAUAUUAACCAAUACCAACCUCAAGCAAAUUACAGACCAUCUGGGCAAGUUGCUCACCAUUCUAUGACACCGGGAAAUGUCCUAUCAAUGGAACAUUUGAAGAAGGCUUCUCAUCAUACAUUCGGCGAGCAGGCCCAUUAUGAAACUCCUUUAAGAAUUGGCGAAAGUUUACAAGGGUCACCUGGUAGGACAUAUACUAAAGAUGGGAGCGGACUUGCUCGAAUUCCGCACAAUCCAUUACCUAGAGUACACAGUGAGAUAUUUGAAACAAAUAAGGCUACUCCUCCGCCUCUUAUUAGAGGCGAUACCAAUAGUUUAAUAUUGCAGAGAUCUGUCACACAUGAUCAAUUGAAAAUGGAAACUUCGAAACCAAUGUCAGUGUUGGCAAAUGAUAUUUCGAAUAUUGGACCACCACAAUCUUUAAAUAGAAAUGUCGGCGCUCCUAAACCCCAUACUGGACCUCCAAGAAGGUCAUCCAAUGUUUCCCUUGCUAUAGACGUUCAUCCACCUCCAAAAGCUAGAGCUGAUAAGGGAAAAAGCUCUCCCCAUCGUAGACCUCACAAUAUUGUACCAUCAAUAGACCAAUUAAAUUCCUUGCAAACUACACCAUCAAAUAAUACGUUAAUUGAAAAUGUACCUUCAGUCCCAAUAUCUUCGAAACCAGCAGUGAGUAAAACUCCAGAAUCAGACACAUCAACCAUGACAGCAACAACAACAACAACGAUGCAACAUCCACCGAAAUCUGAAUUGCCUGAAGAAUCGAUAAAUGUCCCAACUGAAAGUAUCAUAUCUAAUAACGAUUCAAAUGCGAACAUGUGUCAAGAGAAUCCAGUCAAUGCUCAAAAUGCAAUUACUGAAGAAUAUGUUCAAGUUACUCCACUUGAACAUGAUACUAACAGUAUCGAUCACGCAAGUGAAAUUAACCAAGAGACUGAAUUAGUAAAUAAUGAAGUCAUUAAACAACCUAUAGAGCAAGAUAUACCUACUGAAGAAGAAGAGGAAAUUAUCGAAAAUGACGUUAAUUUGGAGAAUAACCUAGAUCCUAUUACAAAUGCUAAUGUUCCAGAAAAUUUACCAGAUACCAAGUAUUCUGACGGUACUGUACACGAAAGAAGUAGAUAUUCUAAAAACGAAAACUUAGAAACCCAAGCAAUCAUUCCACCACUAGUUAUUUCCAAUGAUCAAAAUGUCGAAUCGGUAGAGUUAGACGAUAAACCACAUCAAAUAGAUUCUGUUAUGGCGGAGAAUGACGAACAGAAGGCCGAUCAUUUACUGGAAUUUACUUCGGAUGGGAAAUUAGAAACAGCUCCAGAACCUCCGGCUCAAAUAAAUCUUAUAGGAAAUAAUAUUAUUGACGAAGGACCAGCUAGGGACUUAAAACAUAACCCACUCCAAGAUAAAAACCAUGAUUCUACUGAAGAUUCAUCUGUGGAGACAACAGAAAAAAUCGUGAACAGUUCGAAGCCACCUAAUAAAAUAGUACCACCAAAAGUAAGCCUAACGAAGAAGCAAAAUGCCUAUGCCCCAAUCAAUUAUAAACCCAAGCCAAAGGCGAAAAGCAAUUCGUAUCUACCAAAGAAUGCUACUUCUAAUCCAAAUUCCAACCUGGAACAACUUUUAGAACCAACUGGUGGAAAUGACAUGUUCGCCUAUAAUAGCUACACUGCUUCAUAUUCUAAUUCGGAGAAUAAUAUGCUUCAAGAGGAAAAUAAUAGUUUUCAACCAUUCAUGCCACCAGCUUCUGCAGAUAUGGUGAGCCCUUCUGAGAACAAUUUUAACGUUCCAAAAAAGUCAUUUUCUAAUGAUAAGUUUGGACCCAUAAGGGAAGCCGAUGAAGUAUCAACGGAGACUUUCGAACCUGUAAUAAAAAAGAACACAGGAAGUAAUUUCAAUACUUAUACCCCCCAAACAGUCAAUACUGAAUAUAAUGAUGUCAUAGAGGAUGAAUCUGAGUCGGACGAAGAAGAAUACACCAACAAGAAAAGUAAUGGCAAUCAGAAAGAAGUAAUAAAGAAAAACAAAGCUACUGAUAGCACAAAACAGAAUCCAAGUAUUUGGCGUUUUUUUAAGUCGAACGAUAACGGGGAGAAAAAAGCUAUCAAGGCUAAAAUGGGUAACCAGAAUAGUUUCUACUACGACACUGAACUGAAACGUUGGGUUGAUAAAAAUGCAUCGGAAGAACAGAAGAAAGAAAUGAUAGCAGCCACAAAACCAGGUCCACCACCACCAAUCAUUAAGCGUAAGGAUACCGGACCAACGUCAUCCCCUCGCGCAAAUAAUAACCAUAAUACUGCACCACCUAAUGCAUUUUCACCAGUAUUACCUAUAGAUCAAUUGACAGGUAAACCAAUGACUAUGCCAACAUCUUCUUCUGAAAAUACUGAUACUGCAUCCCCAGUUGCCAAUUCUGCUAAUAGGUUUUCCACUGAUUCAAAUAUUGAGAGCUUGGCAGGUAAAAAGGCAAAUGAUCUUGACGAUCUACUAAAAGUAUCUGCAUCUGUAAAUCGUGGUGGGAAGAGAAAGAAGAAGACUAACAGAGGCUACGUUAAUGCAAUGUAA